AUGGCCACCAAAGGUGCAAAGUCCCGCGUCCUCAUUGUCGGCGCUGGACUUGGCGGGCUGACGCUCGCUCAAUGUCUGCGAAAGCAAGGCAUCCCGUUCGAGGUGUUCGAGCGAGACAUCGACGUUUCUUCUCGAUCUCAGGGUUGGGCAAUUGCGAUGCAUACCGAGCGAAGUAUCGUAGAUGAUCUGCUGCUAUCCGUGUGCUCGGACAUGCCGCCCCUGAGAGAAUCGACUAAUCACCUGGCGCCUCUCAAUCUGGAUGCACAGAUCGCCCUCUACUACGGCGGUCGCCGUCUAGGAGUCCAGAACACACCCGAGACACCGUGUAUGCGUGCGAACCGACUGCGCCUGCGAAAGUGGCUUGCCACCGAAAUCCCUAUCCAGUGGGGGAAGAAGCUUCAGGCGAUAGAGGAGGGCAAGGGCCAGGUGACUCUUCGUUUCGCGGAUGGGAAGACCGCCGAAGGCGAUAUCGUCGUGGGCGCCGACGGGGUUCAGAGUAUUGUGCGCGAGUAUUUGCUGCAGAAGCCAAACACUGAGACGCUCAACUACAUCCCAAUGGGGAUCAUCGUGGGCGAAACGGUCCUGUCCGGCGCCGCUAUGGAGCGCCAGCUCAGCCUUGGACGCAGCUGCUAUACGACUUCGGACAAGAACCGCAGCUUUAGCCUCUUCGUGGGGCUGGACAAAGUGCGUGAAGACCAGAACUCCGGGGAAUUCUACUGGUUUGUCGUCUGGAACGACAAUGACGUCGACAAGCCAGACCAUUGGCUAAAGCGGGCUUCGACAUCAGCCAAACUUGAGCACGCCCUCAAGUUGACCGAGGCGCUCGAUCCGAGCUUUAGGGAGGUCGUUCAGUUGACUCCGGCCGAAGGCAUUCUGGAUAAGCAGAUGGUCUACCGCGAUGCUGAGAUCACAGAUCUGCCUGUUGGGAGGGUGACAUUGCUGGGUGAUGCAAUUCACCCAAUGGUUCCCUUUCGCGGCGAAGGUGGAAUGCAUGCGCUCCGGGACGCCAUCAAUCUCUCAAAGGUACUGAGUCAGCUUGACAUGGGCGAUCCUCGAUCGAUGGAGACCGCUAUGGCAUCAUACCAGCAAGAGAUCACCAGCCGAGGUGUCGAGGCUGUAAGAAUGUCGAGAAAUGCCAUAACCAACAACAACUCUGGCGGCAAGAUCAUUUCUUGGGGUCACGAAGCCAAGCCACUCCCCGAGGAGCAUGUUUCACUGGAAAGUUGCCGGACUUGA